CCGUUCAAUGCAUGAUAACACAUUUAUAUUUUAGGUCUGUGUAAGAAACGUUGGCUCGUGCCGCAUCCCUCUCCACCACUAGGGGGCGUCACUCCAGCGCGUCACCGGCCCACGUCUGUCAGCAGACAGGUGGAGGUGAGACAGACUGAAUGAUAUAGAAGGAGAAAAUGGAGUUAAUAUUUGCGUGUUACGGGUCUUGAUUUGAUCAUAGUUCAGGUGCAGGUUUUGUCCCAGGAGAACCACCUGAAGUCAGUUAGAUGUAAUCCAAGUUAAACACUGUAGGUGGACAGCUGCUCUGCAUGUAAUCCCUCUUCAUGGGGGUUGUAAUAAAUAAAUAAAAAACCAAAAAUAACUCAUUUGUUCAUUGUUUGGCUCCUGUUGCAGUAAGAUGCUCCAUGAAAUAUGCACUGCAGUAUCAAUGUAGUUUUAUUUCAUCUUUUAAUUGGCUUAAGAGGGAGACAUGCUGUAUAUUGUCCUCAACGGGAUAAAGGUUUUCCAGUGAGCUUAGUUCACUUCACUGGGAGCCUCAUAUGGCGCAGUGCUCGGUAAGCCUCUUAGGAAUCACGAUCGCAGCAGAUGGGAGAAUGCCAAUCAGCAGCUCCUGCUGAGCGGAGAAACCCGACGGCUGUGCCACUGCGCGCUCCAAAUCAGUGCCAUCGGUCCACGUGAAAACACCCUGCCAAAUGAGGUUUGGGUUUACCAACGGAAACCAAGCUCCGAGUCCACCAAGAUACCGAACCGGCUGACAAGAGAAUACAAGGAGAGGAGAGCAGAGCCAUGCUUCCUCUGGAGGUCGGGAAGCAGAAGCCGCGCCGCGUGUCGGAACCGAUAUGCGGGGCGGACAGUCCUCCGGUACCGACUCGGCGUUCAAAGAACCGGGACUUCCCCCUGAGCGUGAAGCGCCGCCGGUCCGGCCUCGCACCGGAGCGCAAGGUGAACUGCGUCCUGGUCGGAGACGGAGCGGUGGGCAAGACCAGCCUCAUCGUCAGCUACACCACCAACGGGUACCCGGCCCAUUAUGUCCCCACCGCGCUGGACAACUUCACGGUGAUGGUCUUGGUGGACGAAAAACCAGUGAGACUCCAGCUCUGCGACACGGCCGGACAGAAAUGGGGUCUGGUUGAUGGAUCGAUCAACGACGAGCUGGAGCGCCUCCGGCCUCUGUGCUACAAGAACGCCGACGUCUUCCUCCUCUGCUACAGCGUGGUCCGCCCCUGCUCUUUCCACAACCUGCUCCGCCGGUGGGUUCCCGACAUCCGUCAGCACUGUCCCGCCGCGCCCCUGGUCCUCGUCGGCACCCAGCUGGACCUGAGGGAGGACGUCCAGGUGCUGAUUCACCUGGCGCAGAACCAGCAGCGGCCGGUGGGCACCGAGGAGGGCCGGCAGCUCGCCCAGGAGCUCGGGGCGCUGGGCUUUGCCGAGUGCUCGGCGCUGACCCAGAAGAACCUGAAGGACGCCUUCGAUUCGGCCAUCCUGGCCUGCGUCCAGCAGACGGACAGCUGCAGCGUCCAGCAGCAGAGGCUCACUCUGAGGAAGAAGACGCCCGAUAAGGUCAAGGACCUCUCGGACACCUGGUGGAGGAAGAUCAACUGUCUGAUGGGAGGCCAGAGUUGUGACUUCAAGUGAGCAGCUGCAGAGAAACAAAACCUGGUUCUAGAUCUAGUUGUUCCUUCAUCUUGGUGGAUUUGGUUUGAAGGCCAGAUGGCUUUUGGAUUAUCACCUCUGAGGACAACACGACCCGAAUGCGGGUUGAACUACAAUGGUUUUAUAACAUUCCCAUUACUUUAUUGAAAACAUAUCUCCAGAAUCAUGGU